AUGACGCAGCCCACCCGCUCCCCACCCUUUCCUUCCGAGCCUCAGGAUGUGGGUGCCCCAGAGCUACAAAGAACGCCUCAGAGGCUGGACCUACGGGCUCUGCAGUGGAUACUUCCAACUGCGGAGUCACAAGAAUCCGUCUAUGCCAUAUGGGUCUUGGGGAAGGUGAAUGGUACAGCCAUGGUAAAAACUGCUAGAGUAAGAGCGACCAGACUUGUUUUGGAUCCCUACUUGCUAAAGUACUUCAACAAGUGGAAAACCUACUUUGCUCACGAUGCCCAUCAGCAGUGCUCCCUCGGGGACACCGUGCUCCUCGGAGCUCUGCCGGUCACGAGGUCAAAGCAUGUGAAACAUGAACUGGCUGAGAUCAUUUUCAAAGUUGGCGGAGUUAUCGACCCAAUCACAGGAAAGCCCUGUGCGGGGACCGCCUACCUAGAAAGUCCACUCAGUUCAGAAACUGCUAACCCAAGUAAAACGCCAGAAGAACUCAAGGUCUCUUCCACCUAG